AUGGCUCUUUCGGAGCCGGAAGCUGACUACGACGGAGACCCGCUCUCCGCCAGAGACGCCCUUGCUACAGGCGACGGUUUCGUGGACUCUUUUUGCCCCGCGGCUCUGCUCAAAUGUGGUGCCGACGAUGGCGACGAAGCCAUCACCGUGCAGGCCUUGGUGGUGAGGGAACUCGAAGGAAAGUUGGUGCUGGCCGUUCCCGCCUCUGCCUGGCACAAGAAGGUCUCCAAGCGUACGCUCCCGAAGGGGUUUUUAACGAAGGUUGCAGCUGCCGAAGUCGCCGCCUGCUCCGCUGUAGACCGUGGCUCGGCCGUGGAAGCGUUCGCUUUGAGGGUUUGGUUCGGUUUGGUGGAGCCUGCAGCCGAAGGUGCCCUGGAAGUGUCGGAGGAGCCUGCCUCUGUCAGUUUUGGCAGCCUUCCCGGGGGCGAGCCCGCCUUCCCUUUCGUGCCGGCCCUGGUCGCUGCUGUGAGCGACAACUACACUUUCGCCUCUGCAGAGUCCGCGGGCCCUUCUGCAACGGAGCCCCUUGCUGCUCGCCUCGAAAGGCUCGAGCGUCUCAUAGCUGCCCUGCCAGGUGCUCAGGUUCCCGAGGUCAAAGGUGGCAGCCGUCCCAAGGUCAAGCCUGCCCCGAAGACUGUGCCGAAGGCCGCCUCCGCUCGAGGUUCUCUGGACCCGUCUGUUGCAUCGGCCGCCCGGGCUGCCGGGAUCCCGCCCGCCACCUUGGCAGAGUUCGAAAGACUGGUCAGCCAGCCCGCGGGGUCCCGCAUCAUCCCCGAGCCCUCUCUUGUGCAGGCGGCCGACCCUCUGGAGGAGUCCGACGGCGCUUAUUCACGCCUGCUGGAUUCCAGGUGGGCAGAGGUCUCCCUGACUCAUCUGAGGGAGCAGAUGGAUUUUACAGAGCGCCGGCAGAAACUUCAAAAGGGGCAGGUUUUCCGCCGCCCGUGUGGCCACGACAGCUGGAAACUCGUCCUGCUGAACCUUUGUGUUGCCGUGCUGUCAUGGUUGUACCUCGGCAAGCCGGCUAUGUGCCCUCGGGAGAUCAGGUUUUCUGCCGGGGACCUUGGCCGGCACGCUGCCAAGGUCGAAGGUCACUGUGAGGUCCUAGGUGCCCUUUCGCGAGCCGCUUCUUCUUUGGCCUCUGCCUACGGUGGGGCCGAGGAACGCCUGUUGCUGUACCGUGCCCUUGCUGACUCCGAGCGGCUCGUGGUCUCUUCUCAUCCUCCCGGGCGCGAGGAGUUUGGUGCUGGCUUGUUUUGUGUGCCGAAGUCGGCCGAGAAGGACAGGUUGAUACUCGAUGCUCGGCCGGCGAACUGCCUCGAGGAUGCCUGCUCAAAGUGGGCCAGAACUUUAGCUUCGGCCAGCGCGGUUACAUCGGUGAUUCUCGAGCCCGAGCAGGUCCUGCUGCUCGCAGGGGCGGACCUGAAAGAUUGUUUUUAUCAGUUCGUGGCGCCGCCCGGCCGAGUGAAACUAAACCUGCUUGCUGACUCCCUUAGCCACGAAGAAGCUGCUUUCGUGUUUCGGGUCCCGGCUGCCUCUUUCAGCUCUGGCCCGCCUCGCGUCCACGUUGCUUUUUCAAGCCUGGCCAUGGGUGACUCGUCGGCGUGCGAAUUCGCCCAAUGUGCUCACUUGGGCGUUUGCCUCCGCGGCCAAGCCCUUCACCCUGGAGAACUGUUGGUGCAUGCUGUGGCUCCCCCUCGAGGCCUCCUCAGCGUCGGCCUGGUCAUCGAUGAUUUGAUCUUUCUUGAAAAGGCCUUGGCAGCUGACCUGCCUUCGAUAAGGGACCGGCGGCUCACCUCCGUUGGGCGUGGGAGGCUUGAUGCAGCUCUUCGGGCCUACCGCGAGGCCCCGCUGACCGUGAGCGAGGAUAAGGUGUUUGCCGAUGCUACCAAGGGCUCGUUCUGGGGCAUCACCGUGCACGGUGAAAGUGGGUGGGUCAGGCCAAAUCCCGAGAGACUGUGGCCCCUCAUCCUGAUCACCAGCCGGGUCUUGCAGCUAGGGUCGUGUACGGCCCAGCUCCUCGAAAGCCUUGUUGGUUCCUGGCUGUCGGUGUUCUUGCUCCGAAGGCGGCUUCUUGCAAGCAUGGUGCACGUGUUUACCGCCGCCCGGGGCUUGGGGCCGAAUGACAUCAUCCGGCUGUCGCCUGAGCUGGCCGCCGAGCUCGCCUCUCUCAUGCUGCUCGGGCCGCUUUCCUGCGUGUGUCUGCGGGCCCCCGUGGACCCCACCGUCACUGCCACUGAUGCCUCGUCCACUUGGCAAGCUGCUGUUCGAGCCCCGUUGCCGGUUGAGGUUGCGACCGAAGGUGUCAGGCAAAGCAUCCAGAAGGGUGCCUGGACCAGGCUGCUGUGUGAGACUGCUGCUUGGCUGCGGGAGAAAGACCUCCUGGAGCCUGAGCUCGAGCUCCCCGAUGGGGCAUCGUUUUCGGCUCCGCCCUUGUACUUAGGCCUCGCCUCUUACCCUGCCUACUCUGAGCUUUGGAGGUCGCCCUUGGAGCCGCUGUCAAGGGAAGGUGGUGGUCCGAGCUUUGUUCAGGCCGCACUGCCGCUCUCGACAAGCUCACUCGCCUCCGGGCCCCCUGCCUUGAGCACUGCCGUUCGCGAGCUCCUCGGUGUCUUUCCUCAGCGGCAGUUUGUCUUCAGGGGUUGUCUUCCCGACCUCUCGAAGCCCGGUGCCCUGGAUUUGUUCUCCGGUGGUGGCGGCGUCGCACGUUCACUCGUCAGGACCUCUCCGAUUCAGGUCUCCGCGAACGGCUUUUUGGCCUUGCUGCGUCAGGGUGCCUUCCUCGCUGUGGGGGGGCUCGAGCACCUCAGCCCCGCCCAGUUCGAAAAGGUCUGCCGCGACAACCGCCUGUGCACCUGGCUGGCUCACCUGAGGCUGGCUCCCCCCGCUGCUUUCGGAUCGACCUCUGCAGGUGCGGCUGCGUGUGGCGAAAACGCACUAGGUUACUCCAAGACCCACCGUAAGCCUUGGACUUUGGUGGCUCAGCCUUUUCCCCGUGGUCUUUGUGAGCUCCUCGCGCUUGCCCUGUGCGCCGGUACCGGUUGGACUCAGGACCGCGCGCUCGACCCAGCUGCCUGCGCCAAGCUUCCCCCUUGCUGCUGCAUCGGUGAGGCCGCUCACCCAGGUCCUAGGCCGCCCUCGCGGCGCCCCCCCGUGCCCGGUGGACUUGCCGGCGCUCCCUUGCACUCUGCCUCUUCCUCCCGGCUCGGGUUUCUUGCCUGGACCGCUUUCCUCAAGUGGGUGCACUCCUUCGUCGUGUCUUCUGACCCCGUUUCGUCGUUCGUAGCUUGCCCCUCGCUGCUCGCCGUGGCCCUCCGCGCUUACGGUGACCACUUGUACCAGACAGGAGGCUCGCUGCAGAACUUCAGGUAUACGGUGGUCGCGGCUCAGCGACUGACUUGGGGAAUGAAAGGCCAGCUGGGGCCUGCCUGGGAGAUGGUGUCGAGAUGGGAGAGGCUGCAGCCGGUAGUGCAUCGCACGCCGGUUCCCGAGAUCCUGGUUCGGGCUCUGGUUUCCCUGGCCUGGGCUAUGAAGCUUAGACGUUGGGCCACCGUGACGCUCAUCGCUUUCUACGGUCUCGCGCGGAUCGGCGGUGAUAAAGACGAGAAGGCGUUCACUUCUGCUUCCAGAGGCCCUCGGACGCAACAUCUGCGGGUCGACUUCUCUACUGCUGUGGAGCUGGUAUCCUCCGCUGUCGCUGCACUGGACUGGGAGGACCCAGUUUAUCCUUUUGGCCCCUCAGCGUAUAGACGCUGUUGGGAUAUGCUUUUGGGCUUGCUGGGGCUGGACCGCUGCGAGCUCACGCCUGGCGGUCUACGCGGCGGCGGGGCCGUUUGGGCAUACCACCACGGGACGCCUAUUGCUGACAUACAAUGGCGUAUGCGCUUAAAGCACCAGCACACGCUGGUGCACUACCUUCAGGAAGUGGCUGCGCUGAACGCGCUGCUGGACGCUGGUGCAGAUUCGAUGCGUGAGCUAUUCGCCAGCUUUGGAGCCCCUGAGCUUGACCAACUGGUUGAUGGCAUGGAUACAAACAAAGAUGGCAAGAUCUCCUAUGAAGAGUUUGUUUCGUGGGUGUUCAAUAAAGAGAAAGGCGCCGACAGCUUGGUGCGAGUCAACAUGAGCCAGCUGAUGGAGACGUCGGCGUCGGCGUGCUUGGUCAAGCCUAAGUUCGUCACUCCGGAUGUUCCGCAAUACGACCAACGUUGUUUUCCAGACGAUGAUAGCUGGCUCAAGCUGCGCCAGAAGCUCCGGGAUGGCAAGGAAGUGUUUCAAGACAAAAGCUUCGACGCUGUGGAUGACUCCCUGUUUGGGGGCAGCGCCGUGGAGUUGGGUGACAAAGCUGCUGGCAAGAAGCCGCCCUUCAAGGUGGACCAUUGGGCUCGCAUCUGGGACAUGGGCGAAGCAAGUCGCAAUGGGCCGCUGGCAAAGGAUGGAGCUUCGGCAUGUGACAUAGAGCAGGGGCAGCUUGGAGACUGCUACUUCCUGAGUGCGGUUGCAGCAGUUUCGCAGUCCGACGUACUCAUGGCCAGGCUUCUUCCAGGUUCGCAGACCGUGAACGAGGAAGGGCUCUAUGCCGUGCGCUUUUGGCAAGAUGGGGCCUGGCGGAUCGUUGUAAUCGAUGACCGGCUGCCCUGCCGUGGCCGCAACAAGCUCAUCUUCGCAGGCGCUCCGCACGACAGCUUCUGGGUGGCCAUCGUGGAGAAGGCAUUUGCCAAGCUCAACGGGAGUUAUCGUGCCAUUUCCAGUGGCAGUCAGCCCGAUGCCCUUUACGCUCUGACGGGCGUCCUGAUGCCCCGGACUGUGAAGCUGCGGCCCUACCGGCAGGAUCCUGCCGACAAGGAGGAGCUGUUCAACACGAUGUGCGAGUGUGCCAGCACUGGCGGCGUGCUGGGCUGUGGAAGCAAAGGCAAGUGGGAGCAUGGCAUCGCCCCUCUGCAUGCCUACACCGUCUUGGGUCUUUGCCAAAUCCGUGCAGCUGGAGCAGUUGAGAAGCUGGUACAUAUUCGCAACCCCUGGGGCCGUGGCCGGGAGUGGAAGGGCAGAUUUUCUGACGGAGAUGCGGCAUGGAAGGAGGUCGCCGUUGAAGAGAAGGAGCGUCUGGGCGUCAGGAGCGGGAAGGACGGAACUUGGUAUAUGAGCUUUGACGAUUUCUGUCAGCACUUCUUUUGUGCCUACUUCGGCAUGCUCUUUCCUCCAAAGACGCACAGUCUGUACCAUGUGGCAACAGAAUACGAGCCUGGUAAGACGCCGCCGAAAAUUGUUGUCAAGGCUUUAUCUCCUGGAUCGGUUCGCGUGCUUUUUGGCGGACCGACUUCGCGUGCAUUGCCGGACUCCGCCGCAAGGGCAGUGAUCAAACUAUCCUGUCUAAAGACUCGACAUGAUCAAUCACGAGAGCGGACUCGGGCUUCAGGGAGGGGCUCGUCUACGGAGGCCACCUUCACAGCACGCAAGGGAGACACGCUGCUCAUUGAAUUCAAGUCGAGUCUCAGCAGCCGAAUCUACCUCACCGUUGUCUGCCCGCAGGAUUCAGAGGUCAUAGCAGACCAUGGUGAUGGCGAGGUCGAGCUUUCUGCCCCUCCAGAAAUGGAGAAGGAGGAGAAGGAAGAUGACCCGGAUGAGCAAGCAAUGCUGCAAGUCGUGCGCAAAGCCGCCGAGUUGACGGGCUGGAGCGAGGAGGAUCAGCAGGCUGUGGCGCAGAAGCUCCAGUCUGCAGAGAUCUCUUCCCCGCACGUCUUCCUGACACUGCUCCUCUCAGGCGACAUCAACUCCAAGCUGCCGAAGGGCAAGGGUUUCGGCAAGCGGAGCUUGCGGCACCUGCAGCACGUGGCCGAGGAGCUCGCCGAGCUAGAAGAUGUGGUGAAAGACGUGGCAAAGCACACGGGCUGGGAGGAGGAGGAUCAGAGCAAGGUGGUGCGGAAGUUCGUUAUCGCAGGACUCUGCUCCUGCGAAGAGCUUGCAGAUGCCUUGCUUCACUCGAGUGUGAACCGUUGCCUGGUCGAUGUCGGUCAGCAGCCUUUUGGAAAGAAGUCCAGCGGUGCCUUGAAAGCUUGGGCAAAGAGGUGGAGUGCGAUGAGCUCGGACGACAUCCCGGCUGAUGCCCUCCAUCAGGGCAUUCUGCUAGCCGAGGACGACUGA